UUCAUAGUCGAAGCCGGUUGGAAAAUACCAAAUUGAAAACUGAAUCGAUUCGCUUAACCGGAAUUUACGAUUUGGUGUUUUAGAUUCGGUUCAGUUUUCACCCCUGCCUUAACCCCAAUCCCAGGAUUUGAUCCCACUACGUCUCUGCUACGAGUCAGAGCAACACCAAGUGAUUCCUAAUUGACAUCCGAUUCCCCAAUCCCGUGCCAUAAACCCAAUGAUGAUAGAUUGGUCCUGAUUUUCUCAACUUCCAAGCCCAAAUUACAACCAUCGGAGGGCCAGGGCUGUAUCCGUCAAUUUGCUUCGUCUCUCUCCCUCUCUCUCUCUCUCACUAGAAGAAAGCGAGAGCAUGGCUGAGCUCCUCUUAUAUUCUAUCCAUGGCGACGCUCUCCUGCUCACUCCAUCGUUUUUCUUCUCUCUCCUGCUGUCCUCCAAGCGCCACUUAUUUAACGGCUCCCGUUCAAUGCUCCCUUAUCUCUACCAACACUCAGUCUCUUCCUCAGCUAAUUAGAAAACCUGAUAUACAUAUUUACACUAGAACCUCUGACUUAAAAUGGAAAUUUCUUCAACGGAAGCUCCUUUUCCAUCCCAUUUUAUUCUUCAAUAGUUUCGAUAGGCCUGUUGACACUCAAACCUUUCUCGCUACAGUUAGUGUCUUGGCCGCCAUUGCUCUGUCUCUAUUUCUGGGACUGAAGGGAGAUCCUGUUCCUUGUCCGCGGUGCGCUGGUAAUGGUGGCACAAAAUGUGUUUUCUGUGAAAAUGGUAAGAUGAAGCAAGAGACUGGACUGGUUGAUUGUAGAGUAUGCAAGGGAGCAGGCCUAAUACUCUGUAAGAAGUGUGGAGGUUCUGGAUAUUCAAGACGCCUGUGAGCUGGAAUUCCUGCUUAUACAAUAUAAUUUUGACCUGUAAACAAUGACUUGCUUUAAUGCAUAUGUGUUAAUUUUCCAUAUUUA